AUGACGCUUCUUGUACGUCUUUUGGAACUAUUUGUACAAUUAGGGAUCGAAGGAAGAAGAGCUGGAGAAAAAGUGUCGAAAAGUACUGUGAAGAUGUCAACAAGCGCAGGAAAUCUCGGUGUCCUAAUGCCAAAAAUUGCUUCACUUUUAAAAAGAAUGAAACCAAUUUUGCAACCUUCAAAUCGACUGAAAAGUCUGUUUCGAGAUUUUUGGUUUUAUUGUACUGUUCUUGGUUUUGAUGUCGAAUCUUCGAGUCUUUGGCCAGAAGAGUGGUAUAAUGCGGUUUGUGAGACUGCUACUAAAACACCAGUUCUUGUUGCUUCCGAAAAUCUUCGAUCUGAGCUGAUCGACAAUGCUGCAAUUAGAAAUGAUUCAAUCUCUCCACAAGAGCUUCAAGAAAUGAGAAACACUGUUUUGUCAGAACUGAAGCACGCUCCGGAAGUAGUACCUCUUGUGAAUCGUAUGGAUUUUGCUAACUGUACCUAUCUUCUUUCUAUUCUACGAAUGGAAACGAUGAGAGUGAUGCACACAAAUCAAAUUGAUGCAUUUCAAUCGUACUUCAGAUAUCUUGAGGAUAAAACGAUUCGCAAAGAUAAAUCGGGAAUAUGGACUUGCUUACUUGCUGCAGCCCCCAAUAUUUUCAAUAGUUAUAUAUGGACAUUGAAAAAAAAACGCGACUGUGAUGAAGAAACCGAAAGCGCUUUAAUUUAUCAUGCUCAAUUUUUGCUAUUUAAGUUUAACCAUAAUUUACGCGAGGUCCGAAAAUGCGCAGAUGUGUGCUUAUCGCAGUUGGUUGAACGAUUUCCAUAUCUUCUUUGGAAUAACGCAGUUUUGAGUACAAUGCUUCGGCUUCUUCAGGAGCUACAAAAGAACCUGCAAACCGAUAUUCAAUGCAAAAAUCCUCAGUUUUCAAUGCGAGAUUUCAAUUGGACUAUUCAGCUUCAAGAUUCUAAUGAUGGUCGGAAAGCUGUGGUCAAAGAUUACUCAUUGAGAGUCAAGCAAAUCUUAAGGGAAGCUCUGAAAUGGGCACCUGGCAGCACACACAGCAAUUUGCUAGAAUAUGUGUCAAAGUUUGGUUCCACCUGCGACACUUCAAUGCAACUUGCGAUGGAUGCUGCUAACGAGGCCAAUAAUGAUUCAAAACAUAGCGGUGUUUACAUGACAUCUCUGUAUAAGAGAAGUCUUUAUCUAGGACAGGUAAAAGGAAUGCUUGCCUCUCGUCUUAGUGGUGAUGUUGACGAAAAAACUGCUGAAAAGGAGCUUAUUGACAAACUUGAAGCUGAUUUUAAACGAGCUUGUCGUAAUGGAAAUGAUGAGGAAAUGGAACAGGCUGUGUUAUUACUCACAGCGCUGUUUGUGAGUCUUCGACGCCAAAACGAGAGGAUAUUGACGUUGCUUGUAAGAACUCCAUUGAAGAAUUUUACGGAAUCUACGGUUGAAUUGUGCACGAUGAGUUGGAAUUGGUUACUUUCAGCUAAACCUGAUGUACAUAACGCUUUUCUUCGUGAACUUGCUCGGGCAUUCUCUGAUUCUGCCAGAUGGGGACUUGGAGUGUUCGAAGCAGAAUCUGAAGAGAUGGCUGUUUCUCCAUUAUGCCAACAGAUUGAACGACCACCUACGCCGCCAAAUUUCAAACCACAUCGUGCUUGGAUUGAGUUUAUUGGUGAGCGAUGCGAUGUUGCGGCGUACUCUUCUCGCGAACAGCUAGAUGUACUUGAAAUGAUGUUUUCCCAAUCCAUAUCUUUACACGUGGGAGGCUCAAAUUCUCCAAAAACCUCUGUUGUUAGUUCAAACAUUCAAAUUGGAAUUGAAGGAACUGUUGGUAUGCAAAUUCAUGAGCAUCAAAAAAAAAUGACUAGAUGCAUAGAAGCUGUUGGUGUUCGCUUCCGACUCCUUUCGUGCAUUUUGGGAUUAAUACAAAGCGAGGCGUCCCUUUCACGUCCUUCGAACGUUCUUAUAAGGCAAAGAGUAUAUGCUUCUGCUUUCCAUUUUUUCACUCUUCCUCCGCAAGGACCAACACAGUCCGAAGAGGAACUUCGUGAAGAUAUAAGACUUCUGAUUGGAUUUUGGCAAUCUGUAUACUCAGACGGGAAAUACAUUAAAAAAGAAGUCUCUGCUGUUCUCGAAAAGGAAAUCACAUUGACAAAUACAUUAGCUCAAGUGCAAUCUUCCUAUGACAAGACAUUUGGUAACGAAAUUUUCGGAACGAGUAAAAAUUUUAAUACAUGGUCAAAUAUUAAUGCUGCGACAUUAAUGCUUCCGUCAUCCACCAACUACGCCAAUACUUUGACUUUAUCUCAAAAGUCGAUACCGGUAUCCAGCUCGUUUAGAGGAAAAACAGAUGGUGGAAAGUUAAGCGAAGACGGAGAAAAAAGGGUGAAACGGUAUAUGAAACAGCGGCAUCUUCUUCUCCUUCUUAUAGGAAAUGAAAUCGAACGGCUUUGUGCGUGGCUCCACCCGUUGGCUUUAGGCCAAGAAGACGGCGCAAUAGUUGUCGAGCAGUGGAUGAAAAGUACAUUAAGUGACGCGCGAACGGAGAGUAAAAUUCUUCGUGAAAGCGCGCGACUUGCUUGGGAAAUUUCACCAGAGCUUGCGGUUUUUCUACCAACGAGGUUUCGUACUUGUGAAUCUCUUAGAGUCGCUGUUCAGUAUCUCGUACGAUCACAGCCAGAAGCUGUUUCACAUAUUCCCGAAGCUUUACCGCUAUUUCUUGGAGACACCGCAGUUUUUGAAACAACAGAUAUGUCAUAUGUUUUAACGUGGUGCCGAUGUUCUCCAGUAAUGGCACUUUCACUUUUGACCCCUCGCCAAUAUCCACAACACCCGAUUACUGUUCAGUAUGCCGUCCGAGUGCUUAGAUCAUAUCCUGCAGAUGCCUUGCUGAUGUACAUUCCACAGAUAGUUCAGACGAUUCGACAUGAUACGAUGGGUUAUAUUGCCGAGCUCAUAAUUUGGUUGGGCGGACAUUCACAGCUAUUGGCACAUCAGCUAAUUUGGAACAUGCAAACUAACAUGUAUAUUGAUGAAGAGAGCAAAGUGAAAGAUCCGGUUUUGUAUGAACCGCUGAAUGAUAUAAUGUGCAAGAUUAUUUCUCAACUAGAGGGUGCAGCAAGAAGAUUUCAUAAAGCUGAAUUCGAUCUAUUUAAACAGCUUACAGCAAUUUCUGGAACUAUCAAACCGUAUCCGAAAGGUGAAGCGCGAAAAAAGGCCUGCCUUAAAGCACUUGCCGAUGUCAAAAUUGAAACAAUAACAUAUUUGCCAUCGAAUCCGGAAGCAAUUCUUUUGGACUUGGACUAUGCCAGUGGAACACCGAUGCAAAGUGCAGCGAAAGCGCCAUUUUUAGCUAGUUUUCGUGUUAAAAGAUGCGGAGUAAAGGAACUUGAACGGCUGGGCCUUGCUGCACAGUCGGAAAAUGGAAAUAAAAAAGAAUGCGACUUAGAACAACUCCGAAAAGUUCAAGAUAGUCGAGUUUGCUGGCAAGCGGCAAUUUUCAAAGUGGGGGAUGAUGUUCGCCAAGACAUGUUGGCACUACAGCUUAUGCAACUAAUGAAGAAUGUCUGGAUCAGUCUAGGGCUACCAGUUCGUGUGUUCCCAUAUCGCGUCGUUGCCACUUCUCCUGGCUGUGGAGUUAUCGAAUGUGUUCCUAACUCAAAGAGUAGAGAUCAACUUGGUCGAACCACAGAUUUUGGACUUUACGAAUACUUUAAAACCAAAUAUGGAGAUGAAAGUAGUGAAUCAUUUCAGGAAGCUCGACGAAAUUUCAUAAGAAGCAUGGCUGCAUAUUCCGUCUUUAGUUUCCUUUUGCAAAUUAAAGAUAGACACAAUGGAAAUAUCAUGAUUGAUUUAGACGGUCACAUUAUUCACAUCGAUUUCGGUUUCAUGUUUGAAAGCAGCCCAGGCGGAAACUUAGGAUUUGAGCCUGAUUUCAAACUAAGCGAGGAAAUGGUUGCAAUUAUGGGCGGUAAAAUGGAGGCAGUACCAUUCCGCCAAUUCGCCAGCCUAUGUGUUCAUGCAUACCUUGCUGUUAGGCCUUAUCAUAGGUCAUUUGUUUCGCUUGUUUCUCUAAUGCUUGACACCGGUCUUCCAUGUUUCCGCGGUAAAACAAUUCAACAACUUAGAGCGCGAUUUGCUCCAGAAAUGGGUGAAAAGGACGCAGCCAAGUACAUGCAUUCGGUUCAACGAAAGAAAGUAAACUACAACCAAGCUGUCAAACUUUGCCAAGACAUGCUGCCCGGAGGAAGAAUUAUGGGAAUAGAAACUGAAUUGGAGUACCAAUAUCUCAGAGCACAAGUUGGAUCACAAUGGCAUUUUAUUGGAGCUCAGCUCAAAAAUUCUUGCAAACUUGGUAAACAGCAACUAGCGAAAAAGCCCGAAUGUAGAGAGGAUUUUGUAAUUUAA